CAGCCCUUUCCGGAAGGAGUUUCGACCCCGCCCCUGGUGGCGUCAUGAUCGAGUUGCCAUGGCGCUGCUGAACAGUCUGGCUUCCUCGCUGGAGUCCUACAGGGGCCGGGACCGCCUGAUCCGGACACUGGGUUACUGCUGCCAGCUCGUCGGUGGGGUCCUAGUGGAACAAUGUCCCAGCAGGUCUGACGUGGGAAGGCGCUUGCUGGUGGUGUCAGCCCAGCUCAGCCAUUGCAGGACUGUCUUGCGACUCUUUGAUGACCCGGCCAUGUUUGUCUACACUAAACAGUAUGGCCUGGGGACAGAGGAGGAGGACAUCUUCAUCCGAUGGCUGUCUGUCCUGAGUAACAUGGCUGACCAGCUGUACUACCCUUGUGAGCAUGUCGCCUGGGCUGCCGAUGCCAAGGUCCUCCAGGUGGACUCUGCUCGGUGGUGGACACUGAGCACAGCCCUCUGGAUUCUCUCUCUACUCCUUGGAGUUGUCAGGUCCCUGUGGACAGCACUGAAGCUAAGACAGAAGCUGUGGAGCCUCACAGGCACCUUCACCAGCCAGCUGCCCCGGAGCAAGCGGAGGGCCAUGGAGGCAAGGAUGUGGUCAGAGGUUUUAACUCUACUCAGCAACCUGGCUGACCUGGCAAACGCUGUGCACUGGCUGCCCCGAGGCGUCCUGUGGGCCGGUCGCUUCCCUCCGUGGCUGGUGGGCCUCAUGGGCACCAUCUCCUCCCUCCUCAGCAUGUAUCAGGCCGCCAGGGCUGGCGGCACAGCGGAGGCAGACAGCUCUGGAUGAGGCCCUGGAGUGGCAGGUGGAGGACACUGGGGGGCUCCACAGAGGGCUCAGAUUCCCAGAGUGGGAACCACCGGCCAGGGUUGCUUCCAUGAUUGUGUACUCCAGUAGCUGUCUCCUGGGUGGGGUGGGAAAAAGGCUGGUAGAUCUCAGGUCCUAGCUAGGGCUUCAGGGGAAGCUGCUUCUCUGGGGAGUGGGAGGCACAUGAGGAGGACCCCAGGACUCCCAGAGCCAAGGCCAGGCUCUUGAAGUCCUGGGAGGCCUCUGCUAGAACCUCCCACUUGCUGGCUUACCUGAAGGUGAAUGGGAAAGACAUGCCAUGCCUGGGGUCGGGCUUUGGGGAGCUGGAAUACUGCAGUGCCUAUUAAACAUCUUGGUAUGGUGCCAGUC